AUGCGGUCGAUACGAAAGACGCUCAGCGUUGACCUCGAAGAAUUUGCCGCGGAAAUCCUGAAACCCCACUUUCACUCCGGCGGCCCUCCCAAAAAGUUUGCGAUUCGACCCGUGGUGAGGGGCAACUCGAAAUUCAACAGGGAUAUUCUCAUCAAAACCAUUGCUCAAGUGGUCGGACCGGACCAUACCGUUGACCUCAAGAACUACGACCUUCUCAUUCUGGUUGAAGUGGUGCAGAACCUGAUCGGAAUGAGCGUCAUGGGGUCGGACUAUGAUAAACUAAAGAAAUAUAAUCUCGCCGAGCUCUACAAGCCGUCGGCGAAAACCGAAGCGAAAGCCGAAGCGCCCGAGGCGAAGGAGUAA